AUGAGUUAUAUUAGAGUGUAUGAUAAUGACAAUACUGAUCAAUUCAUCAAAGUUAAAUUGUAUUAUCAAUUUAAUUUUUAUUAUUAUUCACCAUAUAUUUUAAUCGAGGAACUUCGAGUUCUGCAUCCAAAUGCCAUUGGAGUAUUGGCUCUUGAUGAACGAAAUGAAAAAGUUGCUCCAUCGAAACGUGGUGAAAGGAUCUAUUUAGACAGAAUAAAUAACAUUCCAGUCGAACAUGGAUGUUAUAUAUUAAGUUGUUCAAAAGAGUCAAACACAAACACUGACAACACCUGUUUGGACGCGUUCGGUCACUCUCAGGAUGAUAUGUACAAUAUUAGACGUUCUCUUCCUCAUAUGGGCUGUAAUAGUGACAUUUUGGUCGUAGAUGAUAAAGAAAAAUGUUUGAAUCAACUGCACCAACGACGAGUAAAAAAUAAAUAA